AUGUCGUCUACCACCGAAUCAACCUCAGAUACACCUGUCAGCCCAAGGUCAUCAGCCUACAUAAAACGCCAGUCGUAUUAUGAGUACGAUCCAUCCAUCAGCGGUAUUGAGACCUCCCGCACGUCCAUGUCGUCAACGGAUACACGAAAAUCCAAAACAGGCAAACCCAGAUGGUUCUCCCAAGUCAAAGACUGGCUGUCAGUAAGCGAACCAUCAGCGCUGGCUAUGAAGGAGCAGAAGAAGAACACCUUCAAAAAGCAUGGCAUCGACAUGAAAGACCCAAGAGCAGCAGUGAAGCUGCAUCUACCAAUUGGGAAGAUACCCGAGGACGCCAUCACUUCAACUCGAGGCCCCAGUCCGGAAAAGGCACACGAGCGGGCGCGACAGCAGCGAGAAACCGCACAAUCUUAUUCGGGAGGCAGUCAAGCGUCUCAUUCAGUAUCGAGCGGUCUCAGUACAGCUCCUAGCGCUAAGGAGUUUAAUCCAGUUACUCCUUGGGACUCUUGA